AUGGGAGCUUGGGAUUCUAUUAGACAGUCACUUCCAAGAGAUCGAAAUGGCAGCAGAAUUGCCUUAACAAGUCAAAAUCAUAAUCUAGCUUUGCAAACUGGUCUUGCUUACAAUACUCAUCUUCUUUCUCCAUUCACUGAUGAAAAAAGCUGGAAAUAUUUGGAAGAAAUGCUAUUCCACACCCACGGUUGCCCUGACAAUCUAUUAGAUGUUGCAAAGAAAAUUGCAAGGAAAUGUAAAGGACUACUUCUGGCGAUUGUUGCAAUUUUGGCUCUCCUUCAAAAGGAAGAGAGGAAUCUUGAUUUUUGGGGACGAAUUGAAGAAAACUCAAAUCCAGGCAUUGCUAGCAAAGGGUACAGGGAUAUUCUAGAACGAAGCUACAAGCAUUUACCUGACCAUUUGAAGCCUUGCUUUCUAUAUUUUGGUGCCUUUCAAGCUGGUAAGGCAAUUAGUGCCCAAAAGUUGACCUUGUUAUGGGUUGCAGAAGGAUUCAUACGAACAACUGAAAUGGGGAGCAUGGAGAGCUUAGAAGUUUUGGCAAAAGACUACUUGAUGGAGCUCAUCAAUCGUAGCUUUGUAGAUGUCACUGAAUGA